UCUAAGCCAUUAAUUGAUAGUAGAGCGUGAUGCUUGGCGGGGGCGCCCGGGGGCCCGGUGAACGUGAAAGUUGCGCCCGUCGCCCGAACAGUCGGUUCACGGUGCUCUCAGGUGGUCCCACGACAAAAACGUCGCUCGCUCCCGUUUCUCUUUGCUGCCCCGUAACUUGCACCGAAACGAAAAUGCCGAAAACACAGGAAACCAAGUUCAUCAACUCGCUGUUCCUCACCAACCUCAUCCAAUCGCAGUACAGCGAGACGGAGGUGAAGAUCAAGGUGUACGAUGUGGAACCGGCGACCGCGGAUAUCAAUGAUCCGUACGCGCGCUCCUCGAUGAACAGGAUUCUGGUGAAGUACACCUCGAAGGAGAACCCAAAUGAUGCAGCGAUAACGUUCGUGGCGAAGAUUAAACCGACCGAGGGUCAGCUGGUGCAGCAGUUCCAGAAAACGGACGUGUUCGACAAGGAGAUCCUGGUGUACAAGUCCAUCCUGCCGACCAUGGUCAACAUGAUUGCCAAGCUGGGCAGCGUCAUCGAGCUGGCACCACACCUUAUCUACUCCUCGGAGGUACCAUCGGAUCUGCUCGUCCUGGAAGAUCUGACCGUGCGGGGAUACAGUGUCGAAAAUCAGGCGCUCGGCCUGACCCUCGACCAGAGCCGGAUGGCACUGGAGAAGCUCGCGUUCUUCCACGCGGCUAGCGCCCUCAUGCUGACCGAGAACACGGCACCGAACGGGGUGUUUGCAAAGUUUGCACGCGGAACCUUCCACAAGGAACACCAGGAUCGGCUGGGUCACUUCCCGGACGUGAUGGCGACCGUCCUGGAGCUGGCGGGCGAGUUUGGGCUCGCCGCCGAGUUGACUGAGAAGCUGCGCCUGCUACCACCGAAGACGCUCCAAAAAGCGACCGAAGCGUACGAGAGUGACUUCCGUGGGUUUAAGGUGUUGAACCACGGGGACUUUUGGACGAACAACAUCCUGUUCCGGUACCAGGGCAAGGAGCUCGUUGAUGCACUGUUUGUUGACUUCCAGAACUGUGUCGUCGGUUCACCGAUCAUCGAUCUGGUGUACUUCCUGGCGUCCUCGCCCGCUUACGAUGUGCUGCAGAAGCACCGGGAUGAGCUGGUGUUUGUGUACCACGAAACGCUCGCGCUGCUCCUGCAGAAGCUCGGUUACAGUAAGCCCAUCCCGCGGUUGAUGGAUCUGCAGGUGGAGCUGCUGAAGCACGGAUCGCUGCAGGUGAUCUACGCGCUUACCGUGUCCCCGUUCCUGCGCACCAAGGACGCCCAGAAUACGCCACCGAUGCAACCGACCCUGCACAAUCCGAACCAGAAGCUACCGGGCAACGAUGUGAAGCAGAUCCUGCGUGCUCACGCGCCCAGCAUCGUCGCGCAGCUGCGUGGCUUCCUGGUGGUGGGGUUGCUCGAUUGGGGUGCCACGGAGAGCAAGAUCAAGGGUCUCAUGUCACGCUUUCAGCGUUAGGAGCACACGCGUGCCCUUCUUCUGAACCGGAAAACUGAAAUACAAUCAUCGCCACCGGCGGGC